CCAACAACCCAAACUGAAAUCCCGCUGCGGGAAGGGCAGAAGGAAGGCGAGCUGGAGGUGUAGGCGCAAUUCUCGCGAGGAGUGUAGCGUAUCCCUCAGAGGGGCGGAGGCGCAGAGGCGCACCACGUGUGGGGCUCCGCCAGCGCCGAGUCGGCAUCGCUUAGGUUGGGUCUAGGUUGGGUUUGGAAUCGUGGAGAUGCGGAAGGAAACCCCAACCCCACUCGUGCCGCCGGCGGCCCGCGAGUGGAACCUGCCCCCUAAUGCACCCGCUUGCAUGGAACGGCAGUUGGAAGCUGCGCGGUACCGGUCUGAUGGUUCGCUUCUGCUCGGGGCUUCCAGUCUGAGUGGUCGCUGCUGGGCCGGCUCGCUCUGGUUUUUCAAGGAUCCGAGUGCGGCCCCCAACGAAGGCUUCUGCUCUGCGGGCGUCCAGACUGAAGCCGGAGUAGCUGACCUCACUUGGGUGGGGGACAAAGGUAUCCUAGUGGCUUCUGAUUCAGGUGCUGUUGAAUUGUGGGAACUAGAUGAGAAUGAGACACUUAUUGUCAGCAAGUUCUGCAAGUAUGAGCAUGAUGACAUUGUGUCUACUGUCACUGUCCUGAGCUCUGGCACACAAGCUGUCAGUGGUAGCAAAGACUUCUGCAUCAAAAUCUGGGACCUGGCUCAGCAGGUGUCACUGAAUUCAUACCGAGCUCAUGCAGGACAGGUCACCUGUGUUGCUGCCUCUCCCCACAAAGAUUCCAUGUUUCUUUCAUGCAGUGAGGACAGUAGAAUUUUGCUCUGGGAUACCCGCUGUCCCAAGCCAGCAUCACAGAUGGGCUGCAAUGCCUCUGGCUACCUUCCUACCUCCCUGGCUUGGCAUCCUCAGCAGAGUGAUGUCUUUGUCUUUGGUGAUGAAAAUGGAUCUGUCUCCCUUGUAGACACCAAGAAUGCAAGCUGUACCCUCAGCUCAGCUGUGCAUUCCCAGUGUGUCACUAGGCUGGUGUUCUCUCCACACAGUGUUCCCUUUCUGGCUUCCCUGAGUGAAGACUGCUCACUUGCUGUGCUGGAUUCAAGCCUUUCUGAAGUGUUUAGAAGUCGAGCCCACAGAGACUUUGUGAGAGAUGCUACGUGGUCUCCACUUAACCACUCCCUCCUUACCACAGUUGGCUGGGACCAUCAAGUCAUCCACCAUGUUGUGCCCAUAGAGCCUCUCCCAGCCCCUGCACCAGAGAAUGCUGCGGAGUAGAAUGGAUUUCAGAAAAGAAACAAGCCCUCCACCUGCAAGACUCUACUUGCUUGCCCCUGCCUCCCAAUUGUGUGAGCACAGGAGCCUUGUAGAGUAUGUUAUUCUCUAGUCCCAUGCAGUAAACAGGCAGAUUCUCAGCCUGAGGGAGGCUGCAGCCCAUAGUGACUAGGAGGAAAAACGUCCUUUAUAAAGGGUAUAUGUGGGAGAGCACAUGUGUAUGAGUG